CUAGGAACACCUCUGACUCAGUCUCCUCCACCAUGAGCCUCAGACCCAGCGCCACCUCCUCCUGCACCAGGGCCAGCCCACUUCCUGUCCUACAGGUGUUGCUGCCCAUGUCACUGCUCCUGACCACGCUGGUUCCCUCCACCGUCGGAAAACUUAAAAGUAUGGAUAGAAUGCUGUAUGUUGAACUUCGCUGCUCGUGUGUGAAGACCAUCUCUGGCAUUCAUCCCAGUAACAUCCAAAGUUUGGAGGUGAUCAGGGCAGGACCUCACUGCGCCACAGUCGAAGUAAUAGCCACGCUGAAGAAUGGGAAGAAAAUCUGCUUGGACCCAGAAGCUCCCAUAAUCAAGAAAAUAGUCCAGAAAAUAUUGGAAGAUGGUGGGUCAGCUGCUUAA